GGGAGAGGCAGCGGAGGCAGAGCUGCUGUUUGUCUCUGAGACUUGGAGCGAGGAGGAGAGUGCUGUGAGCAGAGCAGAGCAGAACAGAGCAGAGCAGAGCAGAGCAGAGCAGAGCAGAGCCCGUCUGUCCUCUGGUAUGUGUCCAGUGUGAGACCAGUCCCGAAGCAUCUUCUGCCUGAGCAUCCUCGCACACCAGGACCCUGACACCAGCCACACAGACAGGAAUACCUGUGUCCACUGAACUGGUUUGUGUAGAGGAGCAUGUUGUGACAGCCAUGUCUCUGGAGAUGGAGAAGACCAUCACCAAGCUGAUGUACGACUUCCAGAGGAACUCAACCUCUGACGACGACUCUGGCUGUGCGCUGGAGGAAUAUGCCUGGGUCCCCCCCGCCCUCAGUCCUGAGCAGGUGCAUCAGUAUUACAACUCCUUACCCGAGGAGAAGGUCCCCUACAUAAACAGCCCCGGAGAGAAAUAUCGCAUCAAACAACUGCUCCACCAGCUGCCACCGCAUGACAACGAGGUGCGUUACUGUAACGCGCUGGAUGAAGAGGAGAAACGAGAACUGAAGAUCUUCAGCAACCAGAGGAAGAAAGACAACUUGGGCAGAGGCAACGUCCGUCCUUUCCCCCUCACCAUCACCGGAGCCAUCUGUGAUAAGUGUGGUGGUCAGAUAAACGGAGGGGACAUCGUGGUCUUUGCUGCGAGGGCGGGUCAUGGAAAAUGCUGGCACCCUCAUUGCUUUGUCUGCAGCAUGUGUGAGGAGCUGUUGGUGGAUCUCAUCUACUUCUACCAAGAUGGCAAGAUCUUCUGUGGGCGGCACCACGCCGAGAGGCUAAAACCCCGCUGCUGCGCCUGUGAUGAGAUAAUCUUUGCUGAUGAAUGCACCGAGGCGGAGGGCAGACACUGGCACAUGAAGCACUUCUGUUGCUACGAGUGUGAGACCACCCUCGGCGGCCAGCGCUACAUCAUGAAGGAUGGACGACCACACUGCUGCAACUGCUUUGAGUCCCUCUACGCGGAGUACUGUGAUGCAUGUGGAGAACACAUAGGCAUCGACCAAGGACAGAUGACGUAUGAUGGGCAGCACUGGCACGCAACUGAGGAAUGUUUUUGCUGUGCCCGUUGUAAGCGCUCUCUAAUGGGCCGUCCUUUCCUGCCAAAGCAGGGACAGAUCUUCUGCUCACGGUCCUGCAGCGCUGGACAGGAUCCUGAUGAGUCCGACUCCUCAGACUCAGCUUUCCAAAGCGCCCGUUCCCGUGAAUCUCGCCACAGCACCAAGAUAGGGAAAAAGGAGCGUAGGAAUGCAGAGCAGGAGCGACGGAGUGCUGAUGCUCGCCAAUCUGCUCCUCCACCUAUGCCCGAUCGUCUGUCUGCUGAAAAUGAUCCCCUGUCUGUUCAGAUGGACCGUUUAAGUCUCUCAUCAAGCCAGACUCCAAGCAGGACGCCUAACCGUACACCCAGUCGCACUCCAAGCCGUGCCCCGAGCCUUAACCAGGUGUGGAUGAGUCGGGAUGAGUCCUACGGCCCUGCUGCCUAUGAGGGCCCCCAGCGGGAACCCUCCCCGGCCCCUACACCUAUACAUCUCCUGGGUCAGUGUAACUCCAGGCAGGGAUACAAUCCCAAUGCAAACGCUCAUCCUCCAGUCCAGAAUCCUGCCAACCCAGGAAAGAGGCCUGAUUCCUGGGGAAAGGAACAAGGCAAUGCCAAGAGGACCCCUAUGGCAGCACUGAGGGGCCACUCCUUUAAUGAAAACUGGAUCCACCACAGCCAGGAUGAGUUCAGGCCCAACAAGCUACGCACUCAGAUGAGCUUCAAUGAGAUGUCCAGCCAGAACCAAGGCUUCUCUGACAAGAGGAGCAUCAGCCUGCACGGGUUCCAGAGAAACGGCAGACCCCCGCUCACCAGGAGGAACCCCAUCAACGCCAUGAGCUUCAAUGAGCCUCUUACUCCUCUAGAACAGACUCCUCGUGGAUCCAUGGACUCCCUGACUAUGUCUCACGCUGCAGGUAACUCUCUGGAUGGGGUCAGUAAGCGUCAGGAGCAUUUGUCUAGGUUCUCCAUGCCCGACCUAAGUAAGGACUCAGGAGUGAACGUGUCCGAAAAGAGCAACAUGGGCACCCUCAGUUCCUCUAUCCAGUGCCACAGCACAGAGUCUCUGUCCUCUUCUCGUCCCAUCAACAACAACAUGUACGCUCCACUGAGAGUUGGUUACCCACUGCAGUACUGGGACGGCCCUCAGCCACUGAGCUUUGAUGGUAAAGGUUGUGUUGGGGUGAUGGGCAGCAGUGGAAACCUACGGAUGGCCCCCAUGAGUGACAGAAUGCCCCGCCGUCGCUUAACCGGCCAGGAAUCUGUGUCACAGCAACAGCCGCCUCAACCAAGAGUCCGCAAACACCAUCGUGGAAACCACGGUAACGGGCAGCACCGCAGUGGCCGCCACCACAAACGCUCACGGCGUUCCCGUUCCGAUAACGCACUGCACCUGGUGGCUGACCGACCUGCUCAAAUGGUGGAGCUGCCCUACCGCCGUGUUCAGGAGGAUUACGAUCGCUUCCCCUCUGGUCAUGCUGCUCGGGAAAUGUUUGGUCUGGAGCCAGGUGGGUACAGGCAGCAGCCCCACCGGCCUUGCCCCCGCACCACCUCUGAUCUCACCCUGCAGAAUGCUGGCUGGCAACCUGUGGGGCUGGGUGGGCCACGCUGGACUGACGGGUACAUGGAAGCUGCUGACCCCUGGUGCUCCAGCUGCUCCUCUUCCUCCGAGUCAGAGGGAGAUGAGGGUUAUUUCCUGGGCGAGCCAAUACCUCGGCCUGUGCAGCUGUGCUACAUCAACAACGAGGAGCUGCGCCAUCGCUACAGCCCCUCUGGGAUGGCCGGCCAUCACGGACCUCUGCAUGGGCCGAUUCACGGCCAGCUGCACACUCGCCAGAGGAGGAAGAGCAAAAACUGCAUAAUUUCGUAGAUGUAGAGCAAAGAGAUGGUGAGGGACGGGCAGGAGAAAGAAAUGAAAGGGACAGAGGUAAGCGAGACAGUUACAGCAACAGAGAGAAGGAACAGAGGGAGUGGGAAGGUGAGAGUGAGACAGCUGACAGUGAUGAGUAUCGUGUGUGUGCGUGUGUGUGUGUGUGUAUUGGGGUUGAAGAGAGAAAACGGCCUAUUUUUUGUGCUUGUGAACUUACACAACUCUACACUGCGUAGUGUUUGUGCACACCUACACAGAAUGAUCUAAUCAUAAGAGGAAGCUCAGCUGGCUUACACAACAGAAAUGUUUACAAUGAUCAACGCUGCUGAUGGUACCAGGAGGCACUGAUGAAUCUGACUAUACUGUGGUCAGGGUAAAUAACAUGACGUGUGUGUGUGUGUGUGUGUCUGUGCGUGUCUGUGAGUGUAUCCAUGUUACAGAGGAGAUCAAUCGAUCCAUUUAGAGUUUGGAGGUAACACUGGUCAAACUGCAGUGAUCUGACUGUCGACGUUCACGCAGCUCAGUGAUCCAGGCCCUCUGCGGUAAAACUUCUAAUCCUAUGUGGACCAGAAAUCGUGUUGGGAUAGUGACAGCUACGUGCUAGAUUCCAAGCUACUUCAUUGUUUACCUCAGUGGAAUCCAAAUGCUGCUGGAAUAUAGUGUUGGCUCGCUAGCCGUUAUCACCUUGUACAAAUAGUCUGUUGAACCUUGUGCUCUACAUAGCCAGCUCUCCAUGCUUUACCAAGGACAGAGCGCCGCACAGCCUCUGCUCCUUGACCAUUCAGGCACAGUAACGUCAGGUAUGGUCCCGUUUUAUCUUCUGCUACAUGCUUUGUUUUUAUUUUGAGUUACCUAUAGAUGAUUAAGAAUAAUGAUGAUAAUAAUAAUGCUAACAAUAAUAAUAAUAAUGCAAAUAAUAAUCAUAAUAAUAUUAAAGAAUAAUACCUGUUAAAUGUAUAUAUAGUAAUAAACCUAAUAAAGUAAUGGAUGUAGUGUGUAAAUAUGA